AGUUUUCAGAAAACGGGUCGGAAAGAAAGCAAGUCUGAAUCUGACCGUAAGUAGCAGAGAUGGUCGCUAACGGCUUCAGGGGGCUAUGUCAGAGGGGACGCAAUAUCAUGAGGAAAUAUGGCCUCGUAUUCCUGCUACUCGCUGAUGUUUUCUUCAAAUCCACAAACGGGUACCAGAACUCUGCGCAUGUGGGUCCAGAUCCCCCUUACCCGCCUCCACAGGGCCCGGCAGUUCCCGGUCCGGUCGGAUCGGCAGCACCUGCAGCAGCGGCCUUGUCCCCUUUGUCGUCCUCUUUGUCAUCAUUAACAGAGUUUGUGACCGAGAGCUACGAGGCGAAGUGCCCCAGCGGAGGUCUGUGCAGUAAGUUACCAGCCGACUGCUUCACGUGCGAUUACCAUCACAACUGCAGCUACGGCCAGCCGACAAACUUCACCUGCAUCACCAAGAAAGGAGUUCACUGCCUGAACGCCACGGGAAUGCAGCAGACCUUCAACCUGACCAUGAAUUGUCAGUUUUGCUGGCAGCUGGAUCCUUCUCGGUAUCGCUGCAACAUUUCCACCACCUGCAUGACCGUGUCCUGCCCUCGAAAGCGCUACAACGCCACCUGCACCGUCCUCGAUCACGUGAACUGCUUAGGAAAAAGGGAAUUUCAAAAGCGCCUCUUUUGCAACUGGACUGGAGGAUAUAAAUGGUCCACAGCGCUGACGCUAAGCAUCACCCUGGGCGGAUUCGGAGCCGACCGAUUUUAUCUGGGUCAGUGGAGAGAGGGAUUGGGCAAGCUCUUCAGUUUCGGAGGACUGGGCAUCUGGACCCUUAUUGACGUCCUCCUCGUCGCCGUGGGUUACGUAGGACCUGCUGACGGAUCGCUUUACAUCUGAGACCUAAAGUGUUGUUAAAUAGGACUUUUCGUUUCUUUUUUUCCUUUUCUUCCAGAAGAGGACUUGCAGAUCAGACUGGAAGACACACAAGACUAACGUGAGCUGGUUUUCUCACCACGUCUAGGCUACAGGAGAGCAUUAUUCAGUGUUGACAUAAAAACGCAAGGUAGCUUAAUAUCGCCUCAGGUGAAUGACUUCAUAGCCGUCUGCAUGAUUCCGAGUCCUUGUGCACAUACGAGAGUGCUUAUUUGUUAUAAAGCGAAUCCACACACCUGGUUUUUGAGAAGGUGUGUAUGAUCUAAAUGUCCUCAGACUCUGAGACUAAUUGUAUCAUCGGUGUGUAAAUGGUUCUGUCAGUCAUCUAGAGCCAGGAAAAUGAGUUGUAACUGAGAAAAAAACGAGGAACCCUGGGACACCUGAGAAGCUGUCCUUGGAUUUGUUUUUGUUUUUUUCUAUGUUGAAAAGAAAGAAAAACCUCGUUGUGUUCAUGCCAUUACACUGUUUUGCAGUGUAACAAUUUUUGUGUUUGUUGUAAGGUGUUUCUCUAGGCAGUAAUUGAAUUUAUACCACUAUUUAUUUUUUCCUCUUCAACUCCUGACAAGAGCAAAUCUUUAUAUGACUAUCGAUUCUUCUGGUUCAUUCGGUUUCACUUGUUCGUUUGAUGCAUCGAUUAUAGAAAUAAACCAUGUCAAAAUCAA